AUGGCUUUUCCUAUAGCCGCGGCCGCUGCAGGCAGCGUUGCCCUCGCGGCCUACAUGGACGCUCGCUUUCAUAUAAUGAACGAUUUAGCUCAGGGAAGCAAUAAGCUGCGCGCUACUUUGCUGUUAAGGCUCAUCGCGCAGGAAGCCCGAAAAGGAAAGCUGCUGCUCUAUCAUACCUUUGAGGAUCGCGCCAAUACCCCCAUGGGUGAUCUUACCUUCCUCAUAUUCGAGGGUCGUGAGUGGACCUUUCGCGAAUUCUACCAGGCCCUACAACCGGUUGGCAAUUGGUUGCUCAAGGACCUAGGGAUUAAGAAGGGCGAGAUGGUGGCGCUAAAUGGCGUUAACAGCCCCGAGUAUCUUCUGCUCUGGCUCGCCCUCGAGGGCAUUGGUGCCUCGGUGGCUUUCAUAAACUACAACUUGACAGCCGAAUCGCUUAUUCAUUGCGUUAAGCUUAGUGGUGCUCGGUACAUGCUUGCGGACUCAGACGUCCGCCAUCUCGUUUCCCCCGUUGAAGAAGAACUUACCUCAGCCGACAUCCAGACAGUUUACUACAGCCAUUCAUCUAUAAGCGCUCUCACGGACACAGAGCCGCUUCCCGCCUCGCGCCGCGAAGAUAUCAAGCCCACGGAUAUAGCAUCUCUUAUCUACACAUCCGGUACCACGGGCAAGCCCAAAGGCACAGUCGUAAAUCGGGGGCGCUAUGUGCUCCUAAAGCAAGCUGGAGGCAAACUAGGCGUCAAGCCCGGCGUUAGGUUAUAUACCUGUCUCCCGCUUUAUCAUGCUUCCGCCCAGGGUCUCGCCUGCGCCUCGUGUAUCCAUUCAGGAAGCACGCUAGUUCUAUCACGCAAGUUCUCUCAUAACACGUUCUGGCCCGAGGUCCGCUCGUCGAAAGCCACGAUCAUCCAAUAUGUGGGCGAAUUAUGCAGGUAUCUGCUUAACGCGCCGCCCAGCCCUCUCGACACCGAAAACAACGUACGUAUAGCAUACGGCAACGGUCUGCGGCCGGAUAUAUGGGAGGCGUUCCGGGAGCGCUUCGGUAUUGAAGUCAUCUACGAGUUUUACGCCUCGACGGACGGGGUUGGGUUGCUUAGUAACUCGAGCCGGAAUGAAUACUCGCGGGGCGCGAUAGCUAUAAGAGGUCCGCUAUGGCAUUUGCUCAACGGCGGCGGCGAAGCACGUGUGCGCAUCGAUCCGGACACGCAGGAUAUCGUGCGAGAUGCAAAAGGCUUUGCGAUUCGGUGCAAAACCGAUGAGCCGGGAGAGACCAUCCAUCGUAUCGAUCCGGCGAAGACUGCAACACCAGUGUAUCACGGCAACCCACAAGCCGGCCAGAAGCGGUUGGUCACAGACGUGUUUAGCAAAGGGGACCUAUGGUUCCGAACGGGUGACGCGAUGCGUUUAGACGCGGAGGGCCGGCUGUUUUUCGUGGAUCGCCUUGGCGACACGUUCCGCUGGCGUUCAGAGAACGUGUCGACAACCGAAGUCGGCGACGUCGUAGGCGCAUUCCCACAAAUUGCCGAGGCGAGUGUGUACGGCGUCCUAGUUCCCAACGCAGACGGGCGAGCUGGGUGCGCGGCUAUCGUUGCAACAGAGGGAACUUCUAUCAAGGCUGAGGAUAUAGCUAGUGGGAAGGGCUUGGAUCUAAAGGGGCUGGCAAAGCAUUGCUUUGAAAAUCUCCCGCGAUACGCGGUGCCGAUAUUUCUAAGGGUCGUCAAGCAGCUUGAGUACACGGGCACGAUGAAGGUCCAGAAAGGACGCCUGAGGUCUGAGGGGAUCGAUCCGGAGGCCAUUGAGAAGGCGGCGGAGGAAAAUGGAGAAGAAGCCAAUGCGAUUUAUUAG